AUGAUAUUCCUGUCGGCUGGCUACGAGACUACUGCAGCCUUACUGACCUACGCAUCCUACCUCCUCGCCUCUAACCCCGAUUGCCAAGACAAACUCAUCGCCGAGAUCGAUGACAUCGCACCAAAACGCGACGACGUCGGCUAUACGACGAUCUCCAAGAUGCCCUACUUGGACCAAGUCGUAUGUGAGGUGCUCAGGAUAUAUCCACCGGGGAUUUUAAGUGAUCGGGAAUGCGGAGAGACGUGUACUUACAAGGGUUAUAAGAUUGAGAAGGGUCUGCAGAUCUGGAUACCAACCUUCACCAUUCAACGUGAUCCGACCCACUGGCCUGAUCCCCUCAAGUUUAAUCCCGAAAGAUUCACGAAGGCGAAUCGCGAGGGUCGUAACCCGUUCACCUGGUUGCCUUUCGGUGCAGGACCACGUAUCUGUAUCGGUAUGAGGUUCGCUCUCAUGGAAGCCAAGAUGGCGCUAGUCCGAUCCCUGCAAGUAGUUCGCUUCGAGAUUUCGCCCUUGACCAAGAUCCCACCAGAUGUCGGAAACACUUCGCUCCUGUCAAAGAAAAGCAGCUACACCCUCAAGAUUGUACAACGUCAUUGAGUACAAGCAGCAAAGCCAUACGUGGAGGGGUGCCUGCCUGGCAUACAUCAUAUUUCAUAGCUCAUCUAGUAAUAAUUACAGAAAUUAUUUAAAACAUAAUAUUAUAGGUGUCUUUUUGUUUGCUUGCACGCUUCGUUCACUCGCAAAAAUUAUGACCAUUAUUAUGUGGCCGAAAGUGUGUACAUGGUACUUGAUGAGCUUCAGAGUGAUGCACAAUUAAUAUUCUGUGAUGAAUUUGCGAUUGGGGUGAAGCGAAAUGUGUUAUUUCUGAAAAUAGGGCUGUCACGGUGACAGAAAAAGGUUGAAAAACGAAAUUAGGGUGACAGUUUGCUGUAAUAUCUUACAAUACGAAAC